UAAAAAUUGGAAACUAUGAGACCAAGGUGGAAAAUUGCUCAUAGUACAGGGACAAAAAAUUUAUAUAUAUGGGAAGCAAAUAUGAUAAUGGCAAAGCAGAAAAGAAAAAAAUCCGGUUAAAAAUACCAAGUAAGUUAAGAGUCCUUUUCUACUUCAGUUUGUAAUCUAACCUUGCCAUUGGGCCAUUGGCAUUUCCACUUCCAAUUCCAAUUCCCUGUCCAAAUCCAAACUUUGAAACAAAGAACAAACAAGUGAGAAAAAGAAAACAAGAAAAUUUAAGGAGAGGAAGAAGAUGGUUGAUGACGAGAAAGGUAGAAGAAGGCGGGUGUUCACGUACGGCACCCUGAAGCGGGGAUUUUGGAACCACAGCUUAAUGCAGGAGCUGAUGAGAAGCGGAGACGCGGUUUUCUUGGGAAACUACAGAAGCGAAGAAAAGUACCCGCUGGUGUGUGGGCCCUACCGGGUGCCCUUUCUCCUGAACCUGCCAGGCUUGGGUCAGCGGGUUAUGGGCGAGUUGUACGCCGUGUCGAGUCACGGAUUGGCUCGCAUGGAUGAGUUGGAGGGCACGAGUCGCGGACACUACGAGAUGCUCCCCAUAAAGCUAGAGGCUGAGGAGGAGGCGGCGGCGGCGGCGAAUGCUUAUUUUGCGCACAGCAGCUACGCGAUGGAGCUGUGGAUCAAGAAUGGGAGGAUGGGUUUGAGCACGUAUUCCGAGAAAGAGGCGCGGGGAUACGUCAAGCGCCAAGAUAGGCCGCAGCAUCUCACCUUUCUCGACCACAUCCAUCUAUUUCUGUCUUCUUCAUCCUCAUCCUCCUCCUCUUGAUUGAUGAAUUCAUGAUUGUUUGAUCAUUUCAUUGGCUGCUCACUCAUUACUUUGACAGACUCCUCUUGAGUCUAAAAUAAAGAAACAAAUUGAUUUUGAUUUUGAUUUUGAUUUUCUUUUCUUUUGUUUUUAACUAAAUUAUUAAAUAGGAGGCGAGCAUGCCAUGAAUCUGAAUGAAAUGCUUCCAAUCCAAACGAAACGAUGACGGUAGGUAGCACGAACAUACCAUUUUAACAACAACAUGGCAACAUGACAAAACCAUAUAUCAAAACAUUUGACCAUCCACACACGAACCAUAUCCAAGAUGGUUGUGUUGUGCAGCAUUUAUACAAUAUGAAUGCUGCUCAUAUUAUAUAUAA